GGAAGGCGUCAGCUAGGCAGCGCCUCGCACAACCACCGACCGAGCUUCAGAGAGAGUCCCGACCAACACCUAGCCCCGAGCACCCAGCAGGACAACACCCGCAGCGACGGAGCGAGCCAAGGGCAGCCCUGCGAGCGACAACCCCGGGAGAUAGUCUCUCUUGACAGCAAAUAUGGCGGCUGCGGCUGGGGCCUCGUCUAACCCUGGAGGGGGACCAGAAAUGGUGCGGGGACAGGCAUUUGACGUUGGCCCUCGAUACACCAACCUGUCGUACAUCGGGGAGGGAGCCUACGGCAUGGUGUGUUCUGCAUAUGACAACGUGAACAAAGUACGAGUUGCUAUCAAGAAAAUCAGCCCCUUUGAGCAUCAAACAUAUUGCCAGAGAACAUUGAGGGAGAUUAAAAUCUUGCUGCGCUUCAAACAUGAGAAUAUUAUUGGAAUAAACGACAUUAUUCGAGCUCCAACCAUUGAGCAGAUGAAAGAUGUCUACAUUGUUCAGGAUCUUAUGGAAACUGAUCUUUACAAGCUCCUGAAGACUCAGCACCUUAGCAAUGACCAUAUUUGUUAUUUUCUGUACCAAAUUCUGAGAGGCCUGAAGUACAUUCAUUCGGCUAAUGUUUUACAUCGUGAUCUCAAACCAUCAAACUUGCUUCUUAACACUACCUGUGAUCUGAAGAUCUGUGAUUUUGGAUUGGCACGUGUUGCAGACCCAGAUCAUGACCACACUGGUUUUCUGACAGAAUAUGUAGCCACUCGUUGGUACCGAGCUCCAGAAAUAAUGUUAAAUUCCAAGGGAUACACCAAGUCAAUUGAUAUCUGGUCUGUUGGCUGCAUUCUUGCAGAAAUGCUUUCUAAUCGGCCCAUAUUUCCAGGGAAGCAUUACCUUGAUCAACUUAAUCAUAUUCUUGGCAUUCUUGGAUCACCUUCUCAAGAGGAUCUGAACUGUAUAAUCAAUUUGAAAGCUAGAAACUACUUGCUUUCACUCCCACACAAAAACAAGGUGCCCUGGAAUAGACUUUUCCCAAAUGCAGACCCCAAAGCUCUUGAUUUGUUGGACAAAAUGUUGACUUUCAACCCUCACAAACGAAUUGAAGUAGAGGCAGCUCUGGCCCAUCCUUAUUUGGAGCAGUAUUAUGACCCAAGUGAUGAGCCUGUUGCAGAAGCCCCCUUUAAGUUUGAGAUGGAGUUAGAUGACUUGCCCAAGGAGACCCUGAAGGAGUUAAUUUUUGAAGAAACUGCUAGAUUCCAGCCUGGAUACUGACUGUAAUAUGACCACAGGGAAAGGCUGUGAAGGACUUUGCACUCCGACAUCUGUGUUCUUGACAGUUCUUCCUCCAUGGCCAUGUCCUGUGACCCAUCUCAGCUUGUCCAGUCUAACUCCUUUGAGCCAUUAAGGAGGGCGGUUCCUGGUAGUUGUGGCUUUUUAUGCUUAUGAUGAAUUCUUUCAGUCUGGAGAAGUAUUCUUGACACUCCUUUUGUAAAGCCCAGUUGCAGUAUGGUGCAGCAGCAAAGUCGCUGAUACCUUAACUAACUGCUUGUAUUUUUUUUUUUUUUUUUUUUUUAAACAAUGAUUUCUUUCCCCUUUUGUUAAGUGGACAAAUUGUGUACCUAUUUUCACGGGCUUUACAUAUUGUGUCUAAUCCCAUGUUACUGAUGACUGUGGUAACUGGCAUUAUUUUUUUUGUUUUGAGUAAUUUUUUCUUUUCCUUUUUUUUUUAUUUUUUUUUCCUCCCCUCCACCCUUGGUAAAGUUAUUAAUCUGGGCACUUUACAUCUUUUAAAGCCCAAUUUACUUACACAUAUCAUUUUAAACAGUUGCAGUGAAAAGCUUUGAAAACCUGUUAAAAUUAUAGUUUCUGGUUUUCUCUAGCACUUUAAGCUGAAAAAGCAAUUUUAACCAUUUAUGUGCUUGAGGAACCUUUUCAGAUCUUAUCCAUUUAUAUAGAUAUAUAAAAGCUUACUUUGUAGAUCAAAUUCAAAUCAUAGCAAUGAAAAGCUGCUGCAAUAUACCAUAUAUACAUAUAAAAAAUAUAGAUCUCUAAAUUAGUGACGAUGUGCCACGCACUGGCUUUUUGUGUGGAUCAGUUUGAGGAAGUUGCAUUUACACAGGAGAGAUGCAUAACAAACACGUGAAACUCUUGAAAGUUUACCUUUCAGUUUUGAGGAUUGACACAAAGCUUCAUCUUUUUCCAAUGAAGCAGCAUGCUAGUGCUCUUUUGAAUGGUGCCGUGCUCAUUGACUGUUGAGGCACUUGCAUUAGUCCUCCAUCCUUUAUACAAGUACACACAAUUGAGAAAUACACCGCAUCAUUAUGUAAUGAUCUGUUUAUUUCUCAUCUUGUUGGUAAUGGCAACUUGCUUCUAGAGUUAGGUGACCGCACCAAGUCCUGACGGUUUAAUCUGCUGUUUCCUGGCCUCACGAUGAGCAGCUAUCAAGCAAGCACUAAACUCUUUUACACUGUAACCAUUACUUUCUCUCCUUUCUGGUAUUUGUUCCUGGAGUUGUAUUCCGUGGAGUUUACUAGAUGUUAUGUCGCUGUGCAGUGCCGCCUCCUCUUUCCUCACUGCUCUCUGUGGUGAACGACUUGCCUUGUUGAAAAUGACUGUGCCCUCGCAUGACUGUUAAGCUUUUCUGUGCAAAGAUUGUCUAAGUGCCACAUGCAUAUGACUGGUUGAAACAAGAUCUCUUACCUCUAAAUUGUGUAAUAAUUGUUAUCCUGUGACCUUCAUAAGAAUGGAACAACUCUUUUAAACCUUUUUUUUUUCUUCUUUUUUUCUUCAUGUCUGGUCUGAUACUUUCUCCCCUUUAGCAAAAAUUCUAGUUACUUGUCAGAACUGCCUAGGAAAUGAGCGAAAAUUGCACUUGUAUUUGGAAAUAAAUUGGGAAAAGACUCUUCAUUUAUUUUAUAUAUAUAUAUUUUUUUUUGUUUAGUUGAUCAAUUUCUGUAAUGUGGGUUUAGUAAAGAUUUCACAUGAACUUGGUGAAUGAAUUUACCUGCUAGAUUUUGUCCCACAUAUCUCUCAUGCUGAUUGUUAGAUAAGAUGCUUUGCUUUCUUAGAGUUGCGCAUAAUAUCUUUAGCUAACAUUUGUGCUAUAAGGUAGUCUGAUGUAUUUGGAAGGUGGUGAAAAACUGAGCUUUGACUAAUUUGCUUUACAUGAAAAAGGGAUGGCUAUGCUGUAAUGCUGGGUUUGCAGAACUAGCCUCUUCUCAUUCUUUUAGUAUUUGAGGGAGCCAUUAGCCAUACUUCACUGCAGGUAUUAACCAGUAAUUCCUUUUAACUAUUUUUAUGUAGCUAGUUCUCUGCCUUCAAUGUUCCUGUAUCAUGGCUACUAUUUAUAAGAACAAAAUGCUUUAUAAAAAGGUUCUUAUCAGAUCUAUGAAAAUGAGUCUUUAAACAUUUCUUCCACGUGACCCCCACCCCCAGCUAUCUGAAUCAUGACACCAAAUGCUUUAAGAAAUCUAUACAGAAAAUAAACUGUUUGCAUACACAGCAUUAAACAGGGAAAGAAAUGUACUAUGCACUAGCAAAUUUUCCCCUUCAUGAGUGUUUCGCAUGGAUCAUUCAGUCAUGCAUAUUGCAUCAGGGAAAGUAGAAGCCAUAUUUAAAUCUUAAGAGGCAUGCCGAAAAAUUUCUUAAGUAUAUAAAAAGAAAAUUUAAAAUUGUCAGUAAAUUAAAUGUGAAUUUAUUGUGCUUUUUGAUAUCACAAAGGUAUUGCUGAAUUGUCUUCAGUUUGUUGCCUAAAUUCAUAAGAAAUUUAUUUUUCAACAUCUUUCUUAAAACAUUUUUUUGACAACCGUAUUCCAUUCCAGUUUUAAGUAUUGCAUAAUUCAUCUGAAUGGCCAAAAACGCUUGCUGCUUCCCCUUUGGAGGUUUCUCACUACAAAUGCACUUCACCUACUGCCUUCAGAUUUGCUCUUGGUCCUAUAAGAAAAAAAGUCCUGCAAUAACCAUACACCAGUGUUAGUUUUCUUUUUUUCCCUGUUACUCACACCCUAGCCAUUAUAAACUUAAUUUUUUCAUUGCAUAAAGGGCAUUUGCUACAAAUUUUAACAAAAAUGCAACCAAUCCUUAAAACUGAUUUUUUUUUCUCCUCUCUUCCUUUCCUACAUCGCCUUUUGUGUUGUCCAUAUACGAACACUCUUAACAGAUUACUAAAAGAGCUUUGUACUUGCUUUGUACUGUUGGUGCCUUUUUAGUCUUGUAUUCAAAAUGUGUGUAGCUGAUUUAAGUAGGUUGUAAAGUUAGAGGCUUCCCUGCUCAGACCAUGGUUCCUUUUUGUUUGGAUAAAAGCAUUUGAAAGAUGAAUCUGGUCUGUUAGCAGUGAAUAAAUUAAGAUAAAAUAUUUUAUAACAAAAUCCUGUAUGUUCCUUUGAAAUGUAAUGUAACAGCUGAACAUGUAUUUUAUUGUGAAAGGUAUGUAAUCUGGUUAAUCGAUUAAGAAACAAAUUGUAAAAGGUUUAUCAUUUUUCUUUGUUAUUCUAUUGAUGUAUUUAACUUUUUUUCCUCAAUUGGUUGGAUGUUCUAUAUUUCUGGCUUAAAAAUUGUGUAAAAAAGAAAAAAAAAGAUAAAAAGAAAAUAUCUUGUAAGACUCCACAAAUGCAGAUAAAAUCAUUAAAAUUGUACUCCUGUAUUACCAAA